AUGCAGGGCCCUGGCGCGGCCCUGCUUCUGUGCGCGGGGAAGCUGGGGCCCGCACGCCUGGGCUCCGCCGCCUGGUACCGCCCAGAGGGCGGCUCGGGGGGCGGUUGGCCACGGGAGCUGCAGCCGCCUGAGCCCCGCAUCAGUUCCGCCGCCCCUUGGCCCUGGGCGCGCCACUCCCAGCAGCGGCUCGGGAGGCUGCCACCGCCGGGGAGGCUGCCAUGGCUUGGGCCCGCCUCCGCCAGGCCGGAUUGCGCAGGCGGCAGCCCCGCCCCUGCGCGCCCUGUCGACCAGGCCUUCGAGAAGCUUGCCCCGGGCCCCCACGCCCAGAGCGCUGAAGAUCCCCACUCCCUGGGCCCGGUGCACGCUCUGACCUUGGAUGAUGCCCCGCUGCGGGACGGUUCCCUCUGCCUCUGGGGAGGAGUCUCCAAGGCCUCUCACCACAUGGGCCGGCUCAAAAAUGCCAAACUCCACGUGGAGAGGGCUGUCAAGCAGAAGAAGGUCUUCAUGAUCCAAGGCCACUACCCGGUGAUCCGCUCUCUCUUGCGCCAGAGGGGCUGGGUGGAGAAGAGGAUGGUCCAUCACAUGAACGCCAGCACGCUGCUGCCACCCCACAAGGAUCUGGAUAGCUCAGGGGUGGGGGACAGUGACACCCCUGAGGAUGAAGACGACGAUGCAGAUGAGGAGUCCCGGCCACCACCGCCCUUCAGCUUCGAAAGUGUUCUGGAAUGUGAUGACGUAGAGGGGACACAUGCCUUAAUGUCUCGCAUGGUUCGCAACGAGACGCCCUACUUCAUCUGGACGACUCGGCGGGACGUGCUGGACUAUCGCUUCCUCUCCAAGGAUCAGAUCAUAAACCACUAUGCCCGGGCCGGCGCUUUCACCACCAAGGUGGGCCUCUGUGUCAAUUUGCGCAACUUGCCCUGGUUCGAUGAGGCCGAUGCUGACUCCUUCUUCCCACGCUGCUACCGUCUGGGGGCUGAGGAUGACAAGAAGGCCUUCAUAGAGGACUUCUGGCUGACAGCUGCCCGCAACGUUCUCAAGCUGGUGGUGAAAUCCGAAUGGAAGUCAUACUCUGUCCAGGCCGAAAAAGAAGAGGCCCCAGGAAACAAACAACCUAAGAAACAGAAGAAGCCGCUCGCCGUGUCCCCCGAGUUCGUGGACGAGGCCCUGAGUGCGUGCGAGGAGCACCUUAGCAGCCUGGCCCACCUGGACAUCGACAAGGACGUGGGGGCCCCGCUGUGCUGGAGCCCCGAGGGCUGGUCCCUCUUCCUGCAGCGCUACUACCAGGUGGUCCAGCCCAGCCCUGCCCAAGUCCCGUCAUCUCCCCACAGCGAGGGAGCAGAACUCAGGCACCGGGACGCCCAGGUCCAGCGCUGUGAGGACAUCCUGCAGCGGCUGCGGGCCGUGGUACCCCAGAUGGACAUGGAAGGGGAUCGCAACGUCUGGAUCGUGAAGCCAGGAGCCAAGUCCCGUGGACGAGGCAUCAUGUGCAUGGACCACCUGGAGGAGAUGCUGAAGCUGGUGGACUGCAACCCCCUGAUGAUGAAAGACGGCAAGUGGGUGGUGCAGAAGUACAUCGAGCGGCCCCUGCUCAUCUUCGGCACCAAGUUUGACCUGAGACAGUGGUUCCUGGUCACCGACUGGAACCCGCUCACUGUGUGGUUCUACCGCAACAGCUACAUCCGCUUCUCCACGCAGCCCUUCUCCCUGAAGAAUCUGGACAACGCGGUGCACCUGUGCAACAACUCCAUCCAGAAGCACCUGGAGAACUCGUGCCACCGGCACCCAAUGCUGCCCGCAGACAACAUGUGGUGCAGCCAGAAGUUCCAGGCCCACCUGAAGGAGAUGGGGGCCCCCAGCGCCUGGUCCAGCGUCAUCGUGCCUGGCAUGAAGGCUGCUGUGAUCCACGCGCUGCAGACCUCGCAGGACACCGUGCAGUGCCGGAAGGCCAGCUUCGAGCUCUACGGGGCGGACUUUGUGUUUGGGGAGGACUUCCAGCCCUGGCUGAUCGAGAUCAACGCCAGCCCCUCCAUGGCGCCCUCCACGCCCAUCACGUCCCGGCUCUGUGCCUGCGUGCAAGCAGACACCCUGCGCGUGGUCAUCGACCGGCGGCUGGACCGCAGCUGUGACACGGGGGCCUUCGAGCUCAUCUAUAAGCAGCCCGUCGUGGAGGUGCCCCAGUAUGUGGGGACCCGGCUCCUGGUGGAAGGCUGCACCAUCAAGAAGCCCCUGGCGAUGUGUCACCGGCGGGUCAGGGUCCGCCCGGCUCUCCCUCACCUGCCGACUCAGCGAGGCGCUGGGGAAGGCAAGGACUCUUCUAGGAACGCUGCUGGGCCCAGAAGCCAGGGACACGCUGAGAAGCCGGACAGCACGUCCACCACCACGGUCCCCGGAAAGGGGAAGAAAGGCAAGGCGAAAAGUGCCGCCGCCCUGGCCCACCCCCGUCUCCGGAAGUGGGACCCCUCCGGCUCCAGGAUGGGCUGCAUUUUCACCAUGACCUUUGAUAGUGGAGACAGGCAACCCCACCCCCUGGACAGAUUGCCAUUGAGUCCGAAGAACCCCCAGGCCCUGGCCCCUUACCACCUCCCCAGCCUCCACAUCCAGGCCCGGCUGCCUUCUCCCCGUGUGCUCUGGCCCCAGGGGCGGGGUCUCAGGCUGCACUCCCACAAGCUGUUGGGCUCUAAGGCCCUGUCGACCACAGGCAAGGCCCUGACGACUCUACCUACGGCCAAGGUUUUCAUUUCCCUCCCACCCAACCCUGAGCUCAAGCUGGCACCCGGCGUCCUGAAGCCAACAAAGGCUGCUGCUCCCCGGCGCCUUCAGAGCCCCCGUCCUGGAAGGGCCUUGUGGCAUCUGCCGUUUGACGUCGGAGCCCUCCCUGAUACCCACAGGAAGGUCCAGGCCAGACGCGGUGACAAAUCCAAGGCCAAGGCGUGCCCCAUGAAGCAGCUAGGCCUCCCAGAGCCCCUGUCCCUUAUCAACACCUUCGGGGGGCUGAGGGGCAUGGGAGAUAUGCGGCUAGGGAAGCCCCUGCUUUGAUCCCACUUGCCCCCCGUCCUGGGUCCAGUGCCAAAUAAAAGGAGCAGGUGAAGUGCUGUGGGCUCGGCUCUGCUGCCGUCAGGGAGCUUGGAGCAGGGGGCUCGGCUCCGCUGCCGUCGGGGGAUGAGGAGCAGGGGGCUCAGCUCCACUGCUG